UUCACUUAGUCCCAGAGGCUAAACCUACUCCACGAUGAGCUUUGACAUCUCCCAACUCGACACAACCGAGAGGGCGAUGUAUGACGCCAUCAACGCCGUCGUGGAAGGUACGAAAGAAGACGUCGCUAGGAUGGAAUCAAACCUAGACGUUUUGUGGUUGUUGUUCGGAGCAUAUCUAGUAUUCUUCAUGCAGUGCGGUUUUGCGCUGCUUGAGGCCGGAUCGGUUCGCGCGAAGAACACGAAAAACAUCCUUCUGAAAAAUGUUUUGGACGCCUGCUUGGGUGGCCUGAUCUGGUGGACCAUCGGGUUUCCCAUCGCCCUCGGUGAUGUGGGUGGUCAAACGGAAGCGAACCACGGCAAACCAUUCUUCUUGGAUCGACUGCAAGGUAGUUCGUCUUCUACGUACUACGCGAUGUGGCUGUUUCAAUGGGCUUUCGCAGCGACCUCCGCAACUAUCGUAUCAGGGGCCGUCGCUGAGCGUUGUGCUUUUUCCGCGUACCUUUCCUACACGUUCGCGUUAACUGGUUUCAUUUACCCUACUGUUGUGUACUGGGGUUGGGGAAACUUUGGCUUCCUAUCUGCUUAUACUGCAGAGAAGCCAUACCUUGGAGGAAACGGCUUGAUUGACUUUGCAGGGUCAGGAAUCGUCCAUAUGACAGGCGGGGGUGCUGCCUUGAUGGGUGCUAUUUUCCUAGGACCAAGAACUGGGCGCUUCGCCCCUCGGACGGGAGAAGUUCAAGAUAUGCCUGGUCAUUCAACGGUCCUCGCCGCCCUUGGAACCUUUAUUCUAUGGUUCGGUUGGUAUGGUUUUAACCCUGUGUCAACCCUUGCUUUCUCGCACAUGCAGCACGCCGCCCGCGCCGCAGUUGCCACGACUUUAUCUGCAUGUUCUGCGGGCGUGACAACAUUAGCAAUACACGUACUAGGUAAAAAUACUCCGGAUGUUUCACCGGCACUAAAUGGCAUCUUAGCGGGCCUUGUUUCCAUAGCCGGACCUUGCGCAGUCGUAGAUGCAUGGGCAUCUGUCAUUAUUGGUUUCAUCGGGGCAUUUGUAUACUUUGUGUCUUCCAGACUUUUAUUGAGGCUAAAGAUAGAUGAUCCUCUGGAUGCAUCACCCGUGCAUUUAUUCUGCGGAAUCUGGGGUGUCCUCGCUUCUGGGCUAUUUGCAAACAAAGAAUUUACAAACUCUGUGUAUGGAACUGACUACGGAGAGGACGCUUAUGGUUUUUUAAUGGGUGCCAAUGGUACGCAACUCGGAGUUCAGGUGGUUGGCGUUCUUGUGAUAGGCAGCUGGACAUUUGUGAGCUCCGGAGUUGUUUUUUUCACUCUCAAGGCAACAAAAUUGCUGAGAGUAUCUGCCGAGGAUGAGGACGCCGGCCUAGAUUCUUCCCAUCACGGAGGGGAUGCAUACAACUUCGCAUCGGGGAAGCUAAAUCGUAAUUGACUUGUCAGCUAGGCAGUCGUUGUCAAGUCGCAAGGAGCUUGUAAACGACCAUAUAGUGAGCCAAAAUGACACGAUAAGAACUGCGGGGCACGAUGUAAAUACUUUUGAAAUUAAUUCCGAUGUUGUCUUAUGUUGCGGAAGACAUGAAGUCAUCGAUUCUGUUUCGUGAGAAUCAGAGACCCGCCGUAUAUUGUUCGAUCUGUUUUUUGAAAGUCUCGUUUACCUUAGAAUGGUAGGCCAUGUAUGAAUCACUUUGCUGCUGAAGUGUUGCUUUUUCUUGCACAUGCCUAGCUAGUAAUGACUGCGUCGUCUGUUCUUCGAAUUGCAUGUAAUAGUUACGAACAUUUGCCUGC